AUGGUAUCUUCCAAACUAUCACUUACCGUAAAGCGACUUUCACUGGCCUCGGCCUACAUUUUCUCAGUUACAUCCCGUAUAUUUACAAAAUCAAUAGUGACGACACUCAAAAUCUUCAGAAGGACCGAGAAGCUCUCCUUCCGUUCUAAGAAACUGCAGGACAUCCAGUUUCUAAGACUUUGUAAAAACUAUCAAGUUAUCCCAAACUUUGUUAACCUCCGUGUUCACAACCCAAUAUUUUACCUGUACUUUGAAAAGCUUUGUGCUUCCUUAAAGAAUUGUGACAUCUACAACAACAACUUCAAUAACGUUACUAACAACAUCACAACUAUAGCCAACAACUCCUUUGGAAAAUUAUCUCAACAGAGGAGACAAGGUUUUAACUCAGAUGUUUUCCUGUCACCACUUCAAACCCUUAAGAAUGACAAUACCAUUGUAAUUACUAAAGCAGACAAGGGACGAGUUGUUAUUUUAAACAAAUGUGAUUAUGAACAAAAGCUGAUGGACAUUCUCAGUGACAAAACAAAAUUCAAACAAAUCACGACAAAAAUUUCCACCCAUCUGUUAUAUUUAGAAGACAAACUAAAUAGACUUCUUCGUACUAUCAAAGCAUCCAUUAACAUAAACACCUACAACUCCCUUAUGACUUCUGGAUCCAGACCUGGUGUUCUUUAUGGACUACCCAAAGUUCAUGAACCUAAUAUCCCUUUAAGGCCUAUCAUUUCCUCGAUUGGCACUUCCAAUUACAACACCGCAAAAUUUCUUGUUCCCAUCAUCUCCCCUAUAACAUCCAAUCAAUAUACUAUUGAUAAUUCCACAUCCUUUGCUAAAGAAAUCACGUCUCUGAACUUCCAACAACCUGUCACUAUGGCGAGCUUUGAUGUCGAGUCGUUAUUCACAAACGUGCCUCUACAAGAGACCACGGAGUUGAUAGCUAACAACCUGGACAAUACUUAUCUUGACAAAUAUGGUUUGGAUACGUUUACCUUCAAAAAGUUAUUGGAAAUCACAGCCCAUUAUUCAGUUUUUACGUUUAACGAUUGCCUAUAUACACAAACAGAUGGUGUAGCUAUGGGCUCUCCACUUGGCCCCUCCUAUGCUAAUACAUUUCUAUGUCACCAUGAGAAAAGCUGUUUAUUCUCUUCACUUUAUUACGUUUUUGAUUAUUCUAUUACUAAUAUUUUAAGAAAGAACGUGUUCCCCAUUAACUUCAAUGAAAGGAAUAUCAAGAAAACCCUUAGCAGACUCCUAGUCCCACAAGACCCCUUAUUAAUUGUUCCUAAAGAUUCGAUUUAUGUUCUUAAAUUGUCUACAAAUUAUUGUACAGAAACUGUGAUGCAACUUACAUUGUAUGCCGGCUUUCAUGUUUACCUCGACUCCUUUGUUCGAAGGUUCUAG